GAUGACGAAGAGCCGCAAUGAGGCCGUGAAGAAUCACUUCACGGAAGUGGGGGACAGCGGCAGAGCCGACAAAGGUAACAAACAGCGGAUCUGCAAUUAUUGUGACAAGCCUCUGGCCGGGACAGCGAGCAGGGCAAGGGACCAUUUCUUGAAGGGUUCGCGAUGCGAUGUCGAGCGCCUGCGAGGUGUUGUGCCGAGAGAAGAGUACUCGAGGAGGGUGAAGGGGAGAUUGGCUGCGAGGUCGGAGUUGGGAGCCGUUACGGGAGAGACUGCGGAGGGGAGGUCAUCGGAGGACGACCCAGUCGUCCACAGCGCGUACUGGGACAAAAUGGUGCAUGCACUCAUGAAUGCGCCCAAAGGAUUCCGGUACGCGAAAUUCGAGACUGCAAGGACAAAGAGGGUCGAAGUGACGAGGGGGAGGGUCGGGAUGAGGGUGGAGGAGCUGCGGCAGGAGUGGCCAACCACUGGCUGCAUGUUGCAGCUUGAUGGUUGGACAGAUCGCCGACAAAGACCACACAUCAAUGUGAUGGUCUCCUUCCCGAAGGGCUCUAUCUUCUGGCGAAGUGUGUGCAUGUCAGGGCGCAACAAAGGCGCCUCGGCAUACUAUGGCAUUCUGAAGAGGGCAAUACAGGAGAUAGGUGCGGAGGCAGUGGUGGGGGUCGUUAUGGACAAUGCUGCCGUUUGUGCAGCUGCGGGGCGAAUGGUGGAAGCGGAUCACCCGCACAUCUUCUCGGUCCCAUGCACAGCUCACUCGCUUGACCUAAUUUUUGAGUCUUUCGCGAAGAUCACGUGGGCGGGCGAAGUUAUUAAAAGGGCGUCGGAGGUAGCAAAGUUCUUCACGAACCUUUCGCGGGUGUGGGAUCUCCUCCUCCACUACUCCAAUGGCAGCGUCGUGGCAAAACCGGGUGCGACCCGGUUUGCCACGAACUUCAUCAUGCUGUCGAGCCUGCAGGGGUUGUACUUGCCGCUGCGAGCGUGUUUGACGGACGAUGAUUGGAAGCCAGCGAUUGUGCACACUUCGCAACACGAACUGUUUGUGAGGGUGACACAUGCCAUCUUCGACGACACCUUCUGGGCAGAUAUCGAGAAGGUGAUGCAAACRUCCGAGAACCUCCUCGAUCUUCUAAAGAAGGUCGACGGCGCGGGCCCCACCAUCAGUAAGGUAGCGUCGCGGCCGGAAUCCGAUGCAGAGAUUGUGGACAGGUUUUGGACAUGGCUUUACUCGUGGUGCAAGGAGGCUGCGUACAGGGAGGUCGACGCGGAGGUCUGUUCUUGGAUCGAGGGCACCGGGAGGCACACUACCGAAAAUGCGAGGACACAAGCCCAUACGAUGCAGCCGGCGAGGUGGUGGCGGAAGUGGUGCAGCGACAUGCCCAUCCUCCAAAAGCAAGCCGUUCGGCUCCUUGGACAAGGCUCCUCCUCCUCUAGUUGCGAGAGGAAUUGGAGCUUGUUCGAACGGAUUCACAGCCGUCUCCGCAACAAUCUUGGCGCCGUCAAGCUAAGCACGCUGGUUUUCAACAGAUGGAACCAGCACUUGUUGGACUUCUUGACCAAGAAAUCGAAGGUUGACGAUGCGGCGAAGUGGGAAGAGGAUGAGCCGGUGGAAGAUCUCAAACGAGAUGAGAUAGCGUCGGAUGCACGCCUGCGGUUGGGGGAGUGGCGUGCCCGCUUGCGCGGAACACAUUCGGUCCACGACGAAGCUGAGAAUAACGACUCGGACUCCGACGAGCAGGACAUUCCUGUCCAAGCGCAACAAACGGCUGUUGCGGAGGAGGUCACAAUUCAGCAUCGUCGGCUGCGCAGCAAGUUGUUCGAGCUCGAGAGGGAGCUCAACGAGUCGUGGAGGAAGGCAACGAAAGCUUCCAAGUUUUUGGCCCGGCAGCAUUUGCAUGACUUGGAUCAGGCUACCAGGACCAUGACCCUCGAGCAUGCCAACAAGUACAAAGCUGCGCGGGCUGCUGCAUGUGCACCACCCUCCGUACCCGCCAAACGAGGGAGAGGGAGACCUCGAAAGGACGCUGCGACUCAUGGGGGGACAGGUGAUGAGGAAGUUGAGGAUGAGGAAGGUGGAGAUUUGGAAGGGGUGCAGCCCGCCGAAGAGGAGGAGGAAGCAGCGCUCGAAAAGACGAGCAGCGCUGACAAACAUGGCAGCAGCGACGGAAGCAGCAGCAGCAACGAAAGCGGGGCUGAGCAUAAUGAAAAUGACGGGAGCAGCGGCAGCGAAGGUGCGAGUGAUGGCAGCGACAGCAGCGAUGAAAGUGGAGGUGGCCGUGGCAGCAGUGAUGGCGGCGAGAAAGAUGGGAGGUCGUCGGAGGAAGAGGACAACUCCGAAUGCGAAGGCCAGUAGGGAGAUGGGAGUUUGUCGGAGGCAGAGGACGACUCCGACUUACAGUGCAGUCAGACAUCGCGCUGAAGAGAGAGAGAGAGAGAGAGAGAGAGAGAG